UUUUUCUGCGCUUUAGUUCCGCGCCGGGUGCCACGAAUGUUGCAUCUAUCAUAUUGUGUGUGCGCGCGUUUUUCAAACAUUUUCCCACAAAUUUUCGCAUUUAAAGUGUGUAGCGCGAAUUUCAAUUGGUUUAACAAAAAGGAUUUAAUAUUUUCAAUGCAGCUCCUGCAGGUGGGAAAGAUCAAAAUCAAGUCUGAUAAGAUUCUUUCUACCUGGACCCUCCCGUGAAGUUAAAAUUUUCAACAACUCGAAAACGAUGUGCUGUGUGUGUGUACAGUGCAGUGUUCUGGUGAUUACUUAGUGAUAACACUUCGCGCCACCUACAAACUAGUCGCUAUCAUCGUUAUCCUAGGAUUGACACUCGAGAUAAGAGGGACAAGAGAAAAACAGGGGAAUUCCCGGAGGAGCCGGGAUUUAAGAGAAGGACCUUAUGACACAGUAUCGAGUGGUUGUGACGAGGCACAAAGAGGGGCGCCACUGAUAAAAGCCUGUAUUUUCCAACUGCCCUCACUUUUUUGAUUGGCCUCGGCCUUUCUUUCUUUCUCUUUUGCUUUCUCUCUCUCUCCCUUAUUUCUUUUUUUUUUUAAAUUUCUUACCGCGAAAAAGUAUCGCGCGUGCGCCUACUAUUCGACACGUGCGGUGUCAUUAAAAAACCGCAAAAAUUCUCGACAUAAUGGACAUGAGCAGCGAAUCGAGCGCGCCGAGGUCGUGGUACGAGCAGCCGAGGAGCCUCGAACCACCCUCGGGGGCAGGAGGACCAGCCGGGGUCACAGGGGUCGUCGGCAGCCCCGAUUACAGGAGUUACUACCCCCACGGACCAACGCCCCAUCAUCCAGCAGCCGCUCACUACGCUCACAGUAGGAUGUCAACGAGUGGAGUUGGAAGUGGACCAGUGAGUCAAGUCUGUCGUCCUCACUUUCAUAGUUCAGUACUCCACCCUUGGUUGUCCAGCACGGGUGCGGACACCUCCAAACCUUGGGGAUUUCCAUCGAGUGCCGCGUCGACAGGUGGCAGUGGCGAAGAUAAACCCCAAAGUCCGUUGAAUUCCUCUCUGCCACCCAGCUCAGGAAGUCUCUCGAGUCAUGGGGGUGCGAGUGGUCAUCACCUCUUCUCCUUCCCACCGACGCCGCCAAAGGACGCGACGCCGGACAGCAUAACGGCGAGUACGACGUCGAGCACGACGAACGGCACCAGCAACAACAACAAUAACUCGACCAGCAACAGUAACAACAAUUCUCUGAAUCUCGGCGGCGGUGGAAGCAGCGAGUAUCAAGCGGCUGUGGCGCACGCCGCCGUGAUGGGGGCCUUCAUGCACCACCAAGACGCCCUCGGAUCAACUUCCGGUGGUUCGUGUGACGUGAAACCCUCGGUGAUGCUCGGUCAUCAUCACGGCGCACCAUCGCCUCCCCAUCAGCACAACGGCUCCAACGGUGCUUCCGGACAGGUCAAACAACGAGAAGGUAAUAGCCAAUCGGCCGGAAGCAAUGGGCCAUCCGGGAACCAGGCGACUGCAAGUCAACAACAGCAGCAGGAUUAUCAGAGCAAUCAGCAGGCACCAAAUUCACCUUGCCGGGAAUCUUACGCCACGUCCCACCAUACAUCCUCUGCCUCCCAAUAUGAUCCCACUGCCACUGCUUACAACAUGUAUCAACACCUUCAAUAUCCCACCCAUCAUUCCCACAAUCCUCACAAUGGGCCAUCCUCAAUAUUUUCGACGAACCAUCAUGGCUCCGGUGUUCCCGGCGUCAGUCCCGACUCCAAACUCUUAGGCUCCCACGGGAACACACCCCACUCGCCCGGUUCCCAACAACAGCAGCAGCAAAAGCCGAGGAACAAGUCCAGAACGUCCGCCGAAGGUCGCGAGUGUGUCAACUGUGGUGCCACGUCAACACCCUUAUGGCGAAGGGACGGAACCGGUCAUUACCUCUGCAAUGCCUGUGGUCUUUACUACAAGAUGAAUGGACAAAAUCGACCUCUCAUCAAACCCAAACGACGCCUUUCCCUGCAAAGUGCUGCCCGUAGAGCUGGCACAAGUUGUGCGAACUGCAAAACAGCAACAACGACGCUUUGGCGAAGAAACCAAGCCGGCGAGCCCGUUUGCAACGCUUGCGGUUUAUACUACAAACUCCAUAACGUCAAUCGACCACUAACGAUGAAGAAAGAGGGAAUUCAAACCAGGAAUCGGAAGUUGUCUUCGAAAAGCAAAAAAAAGAAGGCUGGAGGCUGUUUGGGACUGGGUGGUGUCAUGGGAGACAUGAUCAAAGCCAGUGGGCAUCUUGAUCUCGAUAACAAACCGUUUCAUUCUGGAUUUGGUUCUCCAAUGGGUUCAUCGCAACAUCAUCAUCCAAUGCAUCCAAUGCAGCAUUAUAUGUACCACCCGGGAGUCGGUGUACCCGGCGGUCUUCAUCAAGGAUUUGCACCGCCGGCGCCACCUUCGAUUCAUCCUCACUCGCAUUCACAUUCUCAUUCUCAUCACAUGACGAGUCUUCAGGGUCUUCAAUUAGCAGCCACGACGAACGCUAUGAGUGGCUGGAGAUCGGAAUAUACAUGAAUGGAGACCGUUGAUUAGCAUUAAAUAAGUUUUUGGGCGAAACCCACUCCACUUUUUUUUGUUUAAAAAAAAGAACCUUUUUCUCGUUGGUCCGAUAAGAGAAAUUAUCGGGAGAAUACAUCUAAAUAAACUAUAGAAGACAUAUGUAAUAGAUGAGCGAAUGUUUUGUAAAUAUGUAAGAUAAAAUUAAUAUUUAGGGCCAUUGCGCCCCGGCCCCAAGUACAAAAGAAGUCAUACUUGUAUCGAGUCUUAUAUUGUGUAUAUAUAAUGCUAUAUAUAAAUAUAUAAAUAUAUAUUAUUAAUAAUAUAAUUAUAUUAAAACGCAUUCGCGUUGUGCGAGAUCGUCACGUCUGCGGGUAUUUAUAUUAGAGAAAAUCCGCUCAUUUUUUAUGUCUUCAAAGUAAACUCUAAUCUCUCAGGCAAAAUGUUUAUUUAAUUUAACUUAACUAUUAAUUAUUUAUUACUUAUUUACACAUAACUUUAGUGUACAUGCAAUUAAAUUUUUUUUAUUUAAUUUCAAUAAAAAUUUGAUUCCUUAUUAUAAAUAUAUGGAGUUUAUUUGGUUGUUUCAAAUAAACUUUUCUCUGAGGGAAUAAAUUAUAAAAUAUCAAAUUAGAAAAAAAAUGAUAUAUUUCAUCAGUUAAAAAUUUUUUGAUUGUUUCAAUCAAUAAAUUAGAUUUCAAAUAUUGACAGAAAUUUUUUAAAAUGAAACGAGAGGAUUUUUUUCGCGGUGUAAACGAUUGUUGAAAAUAAUUGUUAGGGGGAUGAAACCCAACGAUUGGUCAAUUGACUAAUAUAUUUUUGACAAUCGAGACGCGUCUUUAAAAGUGAGCCGCUGACGUGAACGAGGAAGCUUAGUUAAUCGAAGGUAUCGUGCAAUUUAAGAUAAUAAAUUUUUUCCAAGUGCGCUCGAUCGGACGCUCUCGCGCGUCGACUCUCUCAAUUCAAAAUAUUCUAAAAGUAUCAAUUCUUUCAGGAGGCUGUGCAAAAGAAAUUAUUUUGAAUUUUAAUGAAGCUUUUAAAAAAAAAUAUUGAGUAAUAUUUAAAAUUUUACAAACUUUUUAUCAAUAUAAUUGUCCGAUCGUGUCACUGUUGUUUUGUGUGUUGUAAUGGUUAGUGAUAAAAAAAAAGAUAUUAUCCUUGUAAAUCAUAAUGGUUCCCAGUGCGCGCCAUUAGAAAAUUCUCCUUUAAAUUUUAUUUAUCAAUGUGAAGAUAAAAAGAUUUCUUUAAAUGUGAAAUCUCUGUAUUUUUCAUCAAGAAGAAAAGUUUAUUUAUAAAUUUAGACAAAUUUUAAUUUGUGACAAUUAUUAAUUUAAAUGAUUUUCGGAGAGAUGGAGAAUUUUCUUUUGAGAAAGGAAUCCCAAUGCUGUCGCCAAAUGUGUGUUUGUAAUUUUCGGCAAGCGAUGAAGAUAUGACAGCGUUGUGGCGAUUGUUGACUGGGACAAAAAAGUAGCUCAAAUAACGAAAGGAUAAAUUAAAUGAAUAGGAAAAAAAAUAGUCAAAGCCACGAACCGAGAGGCGCGCGGAGAAUUGUAAAUUUUGUAUCUUCGAGAUUGUGUAUCGUGUUAUUAGUAAUUAUAACAAUUACAAGUGUUGGUCAGAUAGCGAUUGCGAAAAAAUUUUCGCGCUGCGAAUGGCGACUGUGCAUAAAAAAAAAUUACUAUAGUGUUUUAAUCACAUAACGUUUUACAUAGAUAGUCAAAAGUAUUAAGAUGAUGAGAGAAUAUAUCGAUAAAAAUACGUCAUUGAACAUAUAAAUAUAUAUAAAUAAAAAAAAAAUAUAUAUAUAUAAAACACUGUAAAACUCUCCGUUGCGUUGAGUACCGCAUUGUGAUUUUCGAUUUCUAGAAGUUAACUCGUUCUAGUGUAAUUAUGAUGGAUUUUACGGCGCGUCAUCCUGUUGCACUUUGAUGCGAUUUUCUAAAAGACUGAUAAAUACGAAUGAAUAAAGGGGAAUGAGAGAGCGGGGGAUUUUUGAAAAUCGCAAAUUCGAGGUGAGAGAGACGCACGUAGGUGUUUUGUCGACAUUUAAGCCCGCAUAUACAUACGUGAAAAAGAAUUGUAUCUAUUAAAAUAGUAUUAUUAGGAUGUAGCGCGUAGAGCCUGUGCGAUAUUGUCCUUUUUCAUGAGGCACGAAAGAAAGUGAAUAAAAAAACAAACAGAUUUAAUAAAGAAACUGUCAUUUUGCUGCGACCAUACGAUCAAUUUGCUAUACACACUUUGCUAAGUACACAUCAGGCGUUCAAAAUCGCGCGGAAGCAUAAAUGGUGUAAAAAUGUAUGUAAGAUAUUAUUGUAAAAAAGGUUUUAACUUAAAAUAAAUUAAAUGAUAAUAAAUCAUACCAUAA